AUGCUUAACCAAGCUGCCAAGGAUAGCUCAACUGGUGCGUCAACUCGUAUUGGAGUCAGAGAACAUCUUAACCAAUCAAAUGUGUCAUCUGCUGGAGUGACUGGAGCAAGUAGAACUAUUGAAGUUCAUCAUGGUUCUUCUGGAGAAGGUUCCGACCGUGGUGCCUGUUUGGUACCAGUGAUACCCGCGGUGGAAGUUGUAGCCGCAGACGGUCGUCCUCUGUGCUUACUUUUCUUCGUAACCACACUCCAGUCUCGGUCCUCCAUGGCCUUGGACGCUUUUCUAGUUCCGACUGGGGUAGCCCGAACUGGCUCUGAUGGAGUUGCACCAAAUUCGAAAGUCUGA